AUGGGUAGAGGAGAGGAAUACCGCCUACCGGACUCUAUAUCGGGGAAGUGGACCGAUAUAAACAGGAAAUGCACAAACUUUCAAACCGUGUACCAACGCUUGUUUUCCGGAUGGAAAAGUGGAAGUAGCGAUGAAGACAUUACGCAACAGGCAUUGGUCGAGUAUACGGAGGCUAAUGGCCAUUUCCCGUACAUGAGGUGUUGGCAAAUCCUUCGCCAUAGCCCCAAAUGGGCCAUCGUAUCUACUCCAAGUGGUCGUUCGGGAAAUACACGGCCAUCAAAGAGGUCCAAAACAAACGAGUCGGGUGAACCCGAAACGCCAACCUCCGACGCUCGAAACACCGACUUGAACGAGGAUAUUUCGGAUGACGAGCCGGUGGAGGAGCUACCAAGACCGCCCGGAAGAAAAAGCCGGGCGAAAAAACCCGAGUCGUCGUCGAUGUCUAUGGGAACGGAUAUGAGUAACGCAUUUUCGGAGAUAAACAAGCGACUUCAAGACAUACACGAACUCGGUAAUAAACGUUUGGAGGAGAACCGCGAAGUUACGGAGAUUAUGCGGGAUAGACAAUGGGCUCACGACUUUGAGUUCUACUCGAAACCGCAUGACCACUUAACGGGAAAAGCUUUGAAAAUGGCGUUGGCACAAAAGGAGCGGAUUGAAAAAAAAUAUAACCUUUGA